AUGGCUUCUAAGCGUAUUAUCUGGAGUUCUCUCCAAGACGUUUGUGAUGCGGCAGGCUGGUCCUCACUGCUCACAUUCGUGAGGUUUUACAGCUUGGACCUGGAUGCUGCCCCAGGAUCCCAGGUGCUUGUUUCCUUACCUUGUCCAUUGUCAGCUUGUGGCAAAGCACGUUUCAACUCAAGGAUAGUGGGGGGAGUGGAUGCACUGGCUGGGGCUUGGCCAUGGCAGGUCAGCCUUCAUAGGAGAGGGAGCCAUUUUUGUGGUGGAUCACUCAUCAACAAUCAAUGGGUUCUGACAGCAGCUCACUGCUUUAAGAGUGUUUCAACCUCUGGCCUAAUUGUGUACCUGGGCCGACAGACACAGGAAGGAACAAAUGCAUAUGAGGUGUCCAUAGGUGUCUCUAGUAUCAUAAAACACCCAAACUAUGUUAGCAGGACUCUCGAUAACGACAUCACUCUUCUGCAACUGGCUUCGCCGGUGAGUUUUACUGACUUUAUCAGUCCGGUCUGUCUGGCUUCCUCAAACAGUGUGUUCUUUGACCAAACCUCCAGCUGGGUCACAGGAUGGGGAACGAUUCAUUCAGAGACUCCCCUGCCUUCACCACAAACUCUACAGGAAGUGGAUGUGCCUAUUGUUGGAAACAGGCACUGCAAGUGUCUUUAUAGUGCCUCAACAAUCACAGACAACAUGAUAUGUGCUGGACUAUUGGAAGGGGGCAAAGACUCCUGUCAGGGUGACUCUGGUGGUCCUAUGGUCAGCAAACAGGGUUCGCUCUGGAUCCAGUCUGGAGUUGUGAGCUUUGGCAUAGGUUGUGCUGAACCCAACCUUCCUGGUGUGUAUGCCAGAGUUUCUAAGUACCAGAACUGGAUCAAUGAGCACAUCACCACCAACCAGCCAGGCUUCAUUACGUUCACCUCCAAUGGUAUUGACGGUGACCUGAGCAUCAGCUGUACUGAUGUGCCUGCCAUUACCACAACUACUGCCCCUACAACUACUGUCCCUACAACUACUGUCCCUACAACUACAACUGUCCCAACUGUAGUGUGUGGACGUGCCAAUCUGAACACCCGUGUCGGAGCAAGCAGUUCCCUUGUGUCUCCAGGCAUAUGGCCCUGGAUGGCCAGUCUGCAGUUUAACGGAAAUCACGUUUGUGGAGGAACGCUAAUUGCUGACCGGUUUGUCAUGAGCUCUGCCAGCUGUUUUACCAGCUCCAACAACGCUUCCGAUUGGUCCGUGAUCCUGGGCCGUCUACAUCAGAACGGCUCCAACCCCAAUGAGGUCUCUAUAAAAGUGGCGAAUCUCACCAUCAGCAAUGCCACGGGCGACAACGUUGCUGUCUUGCAGCUGGUCGUUGCACCAAACCUUACGGAUUUCAUUCAGCCUAUAUGUGUGGACGUGGGAGAGAAUACCUUCAGCGCUGAUACUCAAUGCUGGGUGGCAGGAUGGAGCUCAGGAGCAGGAGGAGUGAAUCAAACUCUUCAGGAAUCCAAGACCUCUAUCGUGGGUUGUGGAAACUCACAAAGGAACAGUAUUUGCACAAGUUCUUUGAACUUACAGCAGGGUGAUGAAGGGGGUCCGCUGAUGUGUAAGCAGGGUCUGUCAUGGAUCCAUGCUGCUGUUUUGACAAGUAGCAGAUCCCGCUCUGCUCUCCGACAAGAUGUCCAGGUCUUAAGUAAAACCUCCAGCUUUGCAUCAUUCCUGAGAACUGUGGUGGGCCCUUUCCCUCCAAAAGCCACAAGCUCCACAACAACCAGCACCAACAAACCCCAAGCUGCCACUACUGGGUCACAAGCAUCUUCUUCCGUCUCGUUUACCGUCCUGUUCCUCUCACUUGCAGCUUUCCAAAUCUUUCUUCAAGGCAUCAAUUAAGUGUUUUGAGUAGAAAUGGC